CAUGUUAUCAAGUUUUAUCGUAAUCGAGGUUUCAUUAAACUUCAUUGCUAUCAAGUUCCACCCACUAUCGCGUCGUUAUCAGCUGUCAAGUCUUGCCAUCAAGGUUUGUUGCCGUUAAGUCUCGGCAUCAUCAAAUUUUGCCGUG